CAGUGGACUGGCCCCCUGCUGAAAAAGUUUUCUGGCCCCUGGUUUAGGGCUUUAAAGGUCAGCACCAACACUUUGUCCAAUGUGAUCAGCACGGCAGCAACUUGAUAGGCAAACAUUUAAUCCAAAGAAAACUGUUUUGCUGCCUGAGUGUGUUCCUCUUUGCCAGAAGGUUAAAACCAUAGCAAGACUUGACCGCUGAACUAAUCCUCUGCCCGGACCUCUACAGCUGCUGGCAUUGCAUGACUUCCUACUGGGAAAGGAUGGUUGUCAACCCAUAAAAGAGAUUGCCUAGUACUAUUGCAUACACCUGGGCAUUUAAUUGUUUACAUUUCUAUCCUAAGCUGCACUUAAAAAUGGCAAUGAAUAUCGUAAAAUGGCAAUGCACUCAGCUGCCAUAUAUAUCUCACAAAGGCAGAAAUCUGUGCAGAUUGCUGCUGUUCUGCAGGUAGGAUUCAUCCACACACCAGCAAAUUCAGGUUUGUGCAAUGAACCUGGUGCUGCUGCUGAAAAAGAACAACAACAGACUUCUGCCCAUAAGAAAAGUGACUGGAAAAUGCAGUGGCCUAACAGUUGCUUGACACAAUGUCUUUUAACCAAACCGGAAAUAAUUUCAAUAAGCAUCUGACAUCGUGAACCCUCCCUGCAAACUUUGUGCAAGCAAUUCGGGAUGAACGCUCAAGAAACGCGUUGUCCAGAAGAUGCCUAACAGUUCCAGUCCUAGCUUAAAAUCAAGCCCGUGUUCAAGAUGGUUUGACACUUUCAGAGAAAGCCUUUGGCUUUAAAUUUCACGGAAAACAUCCACCCUCAUCCAGAGAGCCUUGCUUGCAGCAGUGAGCUGCAAGGCUGCUGCAUGCAAAUAUAUCCCUUGCAAACAGAGAUAAUGCCAUAGGAUGGAGUCAUUUGGGAGGAAGGAAGCAGAUUCACUCAGGGUUGAAUGCAGAUUAGGCAGGCCCAUGAGUAAACUGGGCUGAUGUGAAGAAAUGGACUUUUGUUGUGUGAGCUAAAACCAUUCUGUGAAAUGCUGGUAUGUGGUUAUUGGCUGGUUGAUAAUACAUUACCGAAAGUGAGUGUUUGGUUUUUAGUUUUUUCUGUGCGUACAUACACACAAAACACCCAAAAAAUAGGAAAUUUUAAAUUAAAUUUGAAGCUCUGUCUGGGUUUCCUCUCUCAAGAUCUCAGCUUUCUCCCAUCAGGUGGUGGCAAUCAGCAUUUGCCCACCAAAGAGCCGCUAUCUAGUUUAGGGCACCAUGGGAGAGGUCUCAUUGGUUGCACUUUGCAGCGAGGACCUGAGAGCCAUCCUUUGAAUGCAUCAUUUCCUUCCUGGAAGCCAGCCAUGGUCUUUGUGGCAUCCUCCUGCUCCUUGCCUUUUGGCCCCCAGCUCUCUGUCUAUCAGCCUGCAAGCAUCCUCUGUUGGGCGUUCCGAGGAGCCUUAUGCUGUGAUGGCAUCGUGGAAGGGACUCUACAGAAAUGUUGACCUUGAGCUAGAAGACCCAAAGGCCCUGAGCAGAGGAGUCAAUCAGGCACCAGGGAGUACCCUGAGGAAGAGAGUGUCUAUGAGCCCUUUGAUGCUGUGGCCAGUUUGGAGGGCAAGCAAGCAGCACAGGUGGCUGCGCCAUGGCACCCAGCCGGGAAGCCAUCUUGGACACGCAAGGUGGUUUUAGUAGCUGUUGCUGCUCUGCUGGCUACCUCGGUGUUCCUGAACGUGCUGCUGCUUGCGGUGGGAAUUAUGCGCUGUAAGUGGUCUGCUGGGUCUCUAAAGGCUGCUGGGGUGCCAGAUUCUAAGAUGUCUGCUGCUUUGGAGCAAGUGCGUGCUGAGAACAGGAAGCUCCAAGAGGCAGGCCACAGCUCCUUCUUGCUGUACAAUGAGAACCGCAGUCAUUGUGUGACGAGGAAGGAGCCCAGCUCUCUCACACAAGCGCCCUGUGACCCUAGGAAUUGGCGGCAGCAUUUUCGGUGGUUCUCCAGAGGCCUCCUCCUUCACAUGGAUUCACUGCUCUGCGUGGCAGCACCCAAGGCCAAAAGAAAGGAGACCGUCCGUCUGGAACCCUGCAAUGGGACGAACCCGCUCCAGCGGUGGGAAUGCCGCGAUCACGAUCUGCUGGCCCUGGAGGGCAAGGAUCUGUAUUUCAACUACGGCAACAGUCUUGACCGGGUGGUGAUGCUGUUUGACGGCAACGGGCCCUGGAGUCGCUGGCUUACCUACGACACCCGCCAAAACAUCUGCAGCAAUCCACCCUUGGUUUCCCUGCCUUCUGCCCCACCAGUCCAAAGGGCCCUAAGCACCACUGGGCAUGGAGGGCACCCUGUAGCAUGAGAGGGAAGAAAGCUCUUGGCAACAAAACGAGUCCAGUCGUGGAGAUAUGAAGAAUUGUGGCCUGAUGGGAAACAUCUGGAUCUGUGAGGGACAGCAUCUGUUCAGUGAGGUGCAGUCGCCAACAUUGCCAUCCUGCCCCCAGCUUUUUCGGCACCACAAAAAUCACUUCCCGGCUCACUUCAUCUCCUGAAUGAGGGGUGCUAAAAAUUUGUAACAUGACUUGGGAAUUCAAAAUAUAUUUGGGUAAAAUUAAUAUCUUUUAUUGUGCGUAAAAUUGCACAGAAAUCUUUAAAAACGAUUGCCCAGUACUUGCAAUUAAAUUGAUAUUAUUUCUAUAUAUUAUAUAUUGUUUUUAUUGUUUCUUCUUAUUUAGCAUUACAGGACAUUUUC